AGUUUGCACUGAAUGCCUUCAGUCCACCUGUAUGCACUCCAGCACCCCCAUCAGUUCCCUUUUCUCCUUCACCAGCCCAGCAGUAAAGAGACUGCUAGGCUGGAAGCAAGGAGAUGAAGAGGAAAAGUGGGCAGAGAAGGCAGUAGACUCUUUAGUGAAGAAAUUAAAGAAGAAGAAGGGAGCCAUGGAUGAGCUAGAGAGGGCCCUCAGCUGUCCAGGGCAGCCCAGCAAGUGUGUCACAAUUCCCCGGUCAUUGGAUGGACGGCUGCAAGUAUCCCACCGCAAGGGUUUGCCCCACGUCAUUUAUUGCCGAGUGUGGCGUUGGCCUGAUCUCCAGUCUCAUCAUGAGUUGAAGCCACUGGAGUGCUGUGAAUUCCCAUUUGGUUCCAAGCAGAAAGAGGUGUGCAUUAACCCUUAUCACUACCGCAGGGUGGAGACUCCAGUGCUGCCUCCUGUGCUUGUGCCAAGACACAGUGAAUAUAACCCCCAGCUCAGCCUUCUGGCCAAGUUCCGCAGUGCCUCCCUCCACAGUGAACCACUCAUGCCACACAAUGCCACCUACCCCGACUCCUUCCAGCAUCCUCCAUAUUCUGCAUUCCCUCCGUCGCCCAGUCACACUUUCUCGCACCCAUGCACUGCCGGCUACCCUCAAUCCCCAGGAAGUUCUUCUGAGCCAGAGAGUCCAUAUCAACACUCAGUUGACACACCACCCCCGCCUUAUCAGGCCACAGAAGCCCCAGAGACCCAGAAUGGCCGACCUGUAGAUGCCUCAGCUGAUAGUCAUUUAGUGCUAUCAAUGCCUAAUGGAGACUUCCGCCCAGUGUGCUAUGAGGAGCCACAGCACUGGUGUUCUGUCGCUUAUUAUGAACUGAAUAACCGAGUUGGAGAGACAUUCCAGGCCUCCUCCCGAAGUGUGCUGAUAGAUGGAUUUACAGAUCCUUCUAAUAACCGGAACAGAUUCUGUCUUGGACUUCUUUCCAACGUAAACAGAAACUCAACAAUAGAAAAUACCAGGAGACACAUAGGAAAAGGUGUUCAUUUGUACUACGUUGGGGGGGAAGUCUAUGCCGAGUGCGUGAGCGACAGCAGCAUCUUUGUACAGAGCCGUAACUGCAACUACCAGCAUGGCUUCCACCCAGCCACUGUUUGUAAGAUCCCCAGUGGCUGUAGCCUCAAGAUCUUCAACAACCAGCUCUUUGCUCAGCUGCUUGCACAAUCAGUCCACCAUGGAUUUGAAGUGGUUUAUGAGUUAACAAAGAUGUGCACUAUCCGAAUGAGUUUUGUUAAGGGCUGGGGAGCUGAGUAUCAUCGCCAGGAUGUCACAAGCACCCCCUGCUGGAUCGAAGUUCAUCUUCAUGGACCACUGCAGUGGUUGGACAAAGUUCUGACUCAGAUGGGCUCUCCACAUAAUCCGAUUUCUUCAGUGUCUUAACAGUGCUCUCUUAAGAUAUAUUUCUAUAGAAUACAUGCUAUUGUAGGCAGUGGCU